GUAAUUACACUGCAUUAGUUAGCAAACGUAAUUGGGAUAACAACAAGCGCGGCAGCAAUAGCUGGAAUUCAAGAAAUUAUUAAAAACAGAAAAUUUUAUCUGAAAUUGUGUAGUAACCGAAAUCAGCAGAAAUACAAAAUGAAGUUUACAGUGAGCAUCCUGUCACUCUGUGGAUUAAUUGCCUUCGCCUUGGCGGCGCCAAUCGAUGACUCUGCCACCGCACAGAUUCUACGAUACGACAAUGAGAACAUUGCCGAUGGCUAUAAAUUCGGUUAUGAGACCAGUGACGGUGUGACGCGCCAGGAGGAGGCUGAACUAAAGAACGUCGGCACCGAACAGGAGGCCAUUUCUGUGCGCGGUUCAGUCAGUUGGGUGGCACCAGACGGUCAGACAUACACAUUGAAUUAUAUUGCCGAUGAGAAUGGUUUCCAACCACAAGGCGAUCAUUUGCCACAUGUUUAAUGCUGUGCUGUGGAGGAGUUAAUAUGAAAUUAAUAACGUUUUUAUAUGCAUUUAGUUUUAGUGUAAAUAUACAAAAAACAUAAAAUGAAUUGUUUUAUAAGAAAGUAACAGUAUUAAAUUGGCUUAUUGCAAUUCUUUAA